AGUGGGGCAUGGGCCAAAGGGAAAUGCAUUGCAUUUUGGUGCGGGGUUUGUUCAAGUUUUCACACGUUUUACAAAUUGACCAAUCUGGAUUCUUUCACUUCAGAUUAGCGCUUAUCUCAAGAAUGUGCUUAUCUGGCACAGUGAACAUCGCUUGCGUCAUGUCAUAAAAAGGCCACUCGUGUCUGAAGCACUUCACUUGGUGUUUGGUUGUUUUUUCUGUUUGGUUUAUUGCUGUUUUUCCAUUCACCAGCAAGAGUCACGCUGACAGAAACAGGGGCGUCGACGCUUUUCAUUACAUCUGCUAACAAAGCCAUGAAUGGGUUUGAUUGUUGGGAAUGGUUGGAGAGCUAUUUUCUAAAAUUGGAAGAGGCAGACAUGACAAGUGAGUGAGUCUGCGGCUUUGAGCUUGUUAAGAUGAUAAACCAGAAUGACGAGCACACACGUACUAACACACCAGAGGGGAGUGGUUUUUGCGCGUGUGUAUGUGUGCUUGUGGAUGUGUGUGUUCAGGUAGGAACAAGCUGAUUUCCUGGAGGCUAUAAAUACAACUGGAGGAACCUGUCUGACUGGCACUGAAAACACACACACACACACAGGUAGAUCGAGUAAAAGGGGGCGGGCCCGCCAGCACACCUGAGGGGGUGUUGCUAUCUAACAAGUUGUGAGAGGCAGGAAGUGGCUGCCUGGUAUUGUUUGAGUAGCAGCUAGUGUGGAACGUGAGCAGUGUCCUGGUGUGGUCUGGGUGGGUCAAGGAAACCAGCUCUACAGUGUUCUUAUGUUGGAGGGCGGGGGAAUCGACCGGACCGUUCAUUUUUUUCUCAUUUGGAGCCAACGAGAAACCUAAUAAACAAGUUAGUCCGCCUCCGCCUGCCGAUGCUGGGCCUGUGCCAAACGGGGUGCUGCGCGGCUCCAGUGUGGUUCCGUUGCGAAGCUUGGGGUCUCGGCGAUGAAGACCAGCUGAGCCAAGAGGAUCAUCUGGAGGACAGUGUGGCCAGGAGCAGUCAGGGGAGCCACUUAGUGGAAGAGAAGAGCGUGAAGGAGGGAAACCUGUUGAAGCAGACCAGCUCCUUCCAAAGAUGGAAGCGGCGCUACUUUAAACUCAGAGGGAGGACGCUGUACUAUGCCAAGGACUGCAAGUCUCUUAUAUUUGAUGAGGUGGACCUGUCAGACGCCAGCGUAGCCGAGACCAGCACCAAGAACAUCAACAAUAGUUUCACCGUCAUUACUCCUUUUCGCAAGUUGAUGCUGUGUGCUGAGAACAGGAAAGAGAUGGAAGACUGGAUUGGUGCCCUCAGGUCUGUCCAGAAAUGGGAAAUCUAUGAGGCCAGCCAGUUCAACAUGGAGCAUUUUUCAGGGAUGCACAACUGGUACGCUUGCUCGCACGCCCGCCCCACCUUCUGCAAUGUCUGCAGGGAGGCUUUGCCUGGUGUCACCUCCCAUGGCCUGUCCUGCGAAGUAUGCAAGUUUAAAGCUCACAAGCGAUGCGCAGUUCGCUCCACCAACAACUGCAAGUGGACCACCCUGGCCUCCAUUGGGAAUGACAUCAUAGAAGACGAGGACGGGGUGUCCAUGCCCCACCAGUGGCUGGAAGGCAACCUGCCCGUCAGCGCCAAAUGUGUGGUGUGCGACAAGAACUGUGGUAGCGUGCGGCGACUGCAGGACUGGCGCUGCCUCUGGUGCAAAGCCAUCGUCCAUAGCAGCUGUAAAGAACAAAUGGCCAAAGUCUGUCCCCUGGGUCAGUGUAGAGUGUCUAUCAUCCCUCCCACUGCACUUAACAGCAUCGACUCUGACGGCUUCUGGAAGGCCACCUCAGCAUCCUGCUCCAGUCCACUUCUGGUCCUGGUCAACUCCAAAAGUGGGGACAACCAGGGUGUCAAGUUUUUGCGCAAGUUCAAACAGCUCCUCAACCCAGCACAAGUCUUCGAUCUCAUGAACGGGGGGCCAGAGCUUGGCCUUCGCCUCUUCCAGAAGUUUGUGACGUUCCGUAUCCUGGUGUGCGGGGGAGAUGGCAGCGUGGGCUGGGUCCUCUCUGAGCUGGAUAAGCUCAACCUCCACAAGCAGUGUCAGCUGGGCGUGCUGCCGCUGGGCACCGGUAACGACCUGGCCCGAGUCCUGGGCUGGGGGGGUCUCUGCGACGAUGACGCUCAACUGCUGCAGAUCUUGGAGAAACUGGAGAGGGCCACCACCAAAAUGCUGGACCGGUGGAGCGUGAUGACGUACGAGGUUCCUGCCACCACGAAGCAGCCGGCAUUAUUAAAGGAAGAUGACCCCCUCGAUUCCCCACUGCAGGUUCACAUCACUCAGUAUGCAGACUCUGUGGCGUCCCACCUGGCCAAGAUCCUGGACUCAGACAAACACAGCGACGUCAUUUCCUCCGCCAAGUUCCUGUGUGGGACGGUAAAUGAGUUUGUGGCAGAGGUGGGCAAGGCGUACGAGAGGGCCACUGAGAACAAGGAAGAGGCAGACGCCAUGGCUAAGAAGUGUGCAUUGCUGAAUGAGAAACUGGAUUCUCUGGUCAAAGCCUUAAGCGAGGAAGUGGACGCGCAGGUGGUUCCGGCAGGUUCCAUUCCCAGCCAGGAGGAUGGUGGGUCAGGCCCUGAUAAAAACGGCGGUGACACAGGCUCUGAAGGUCAAACGUACCGCUCCAGGGAGCAACUGAUGCUGCGGGCCAACAGCCUGAAAAAGGCACUGAGGCAGAUCAUUGAACAAGCAGAGAAAGUGGUGGACGAGCAGAACCGACACACUGAGUUCCAUAGGAUGUCUUCCUUAUCCUCCAUUAAAAGGGAAAACAGCGAGGAGCUUAAGGAUGCUGAGAUGCGCCACGGAAGUCUGAGCCCGUCCUCACCCAUCGUCCUGGAGAAACCAGAUAGCCUCCAUGCGGUCAACUUCAACGAUGACUCUGUACAAUGCUGGGAGAAGUGCGUCAUGAACAACUACUUUGGCAUUGGCCUGGACGCUAAGAUCUCGCUGGAGUUCAACAACAAGAGGGAUGAGCACCCCAAAAAGUGCAGCAGUCGCACAAAGAACAUGAUGUGGUACGGAGUGCUAGGGACAAAAGAGCUUGUCCAGAAGACCUACAAAAACCUAGAGCAGAGGGUUCAGCUUGAGUGUGAUGGCGUCUCCGUGCCUCUGCCGAGUCUCCAGGGACUGGCUGUGCUCAACAUUCCCAGCUAUGCAGGCGGCAUCAACUUCUGGGGCGGCACCAAGGAGGACAAUAACUUUGGUGCGCCGUCUUUUGACGACAAGAAGCUGGAAGUGGUGGCCGUGUUUGGCAGCAUGCAGAUGGCCAUGUCCAGAGUCAUCAACCUGCAGCACCACCGCAUCGCACAGUGUCGCCAAGUGAAGAUCACCAUCCAGGGGGAGGAGGGAGUCCCCGUGCAGGUGGACGGCGAGGCCUGGAUUCAGCCGCCUGGCAUCGUCAAGAUCCUCCACAAGAAUCGAGCUCAGAUGCUGACGAGAGACAGGGCGUUUGAGAGCACACUGAAGUCUUGGGAGGACAAGAUGAAAGUCGACAUCGACCGCAACCCCAGGCCCCGCCUUGACUCACAGCAGUCCAUGGAGUACCUGACGGAGGAAGAGUGCGCUCAGGUGCAGCAGCUGGGCAUCGUGGCCGACACGCUCAUCAACAAGAUCCGCGAGGCCGCCAAGACCCACAAGCUGGUGGAGCAGGAGUUGGCGCAUGCUGUCAACGCCAGCGCGAUGGUGCUGACCGAGGCCAAGCUGUCCAGUCCUGAGUGUCUGAGUCGUAGCACGGCGGUCGAAAUCGUCAACAGCAGCAAGGUUCUGCAGGCAGAGACCACCAUGCUUCUGGAUGGAAAACAUCUGUCUGAGUCCCCUGAGGAAAACGAGCUCCACGUGACCCUGAACAGCCUGAGCACCGAACUCCACAAGCUGGAUGACAUCCACUGGAUCUGUCCACUGAUGCACUGCGCUGAGGAGGAGUCAGUCCGUCCCAGCAGCAGCAGCAGCAGCAGCAAGAGCAGCAUGAAGCUGAAGAUCAUGCCCAAGGGGAAGAGGGAGAAGGAGAAGCUCCACAAGCAGAGGUCCAACAGCUCUCUCUCAGGAACAUGGGACGUCAAAACUCCUGAAGCAGAAUCGUCGGGCAACUGAGGGUGCGGUGAGGUGCAUCGUCUUUUCCAUCACAUUGACAACCAGAGGUGGGGAGAUGCCCCCCUCUUCCUCUUCCUCCCUGUUGCGACCAGGUGGGCUGACAGAGGUGGGACCAAGUUGGUUUACUUCCUGUUCUUUUUGUUUUUGAAAGAGGCCUCGCUUGCAUCGCUGUGGUGAAAGAACUUCUAAUUUAAUAAGGUUUUUUAGUUUGUUUUGUUCCAACCUGAGUGUUUACACGGUGCUCUCCUUGCAUGCUGAGGCCCAAUGUCGGAAAGCGAAACAGCCUUCAGACUCAAGUGAGACUCAGUUCUCGUUGCUACUGCCAUGUGACCUCAGACUUGCAGAAUAUCUUAAAUGUUGCAAAAAACAAAAAAAGAAGAAACAUAUUGAAUGUAUCUGUGUGUCGAGCUGUGAAUUGUUGAAAUAAUAAUAUAAUUGAUGAUAAUGUACACAUGCAACAUGAAGGUGUGGUGGUUCUAAAGUGGUUCUUAGUAUGUUGUGGCCUCCCACAGGUACUCAUGAGGUCAUUUGUGGCCAUUCAGGGCCCGCUAACAAACUGCUGAUUGUAGAUGUAACGCACGAAUGUGAGCCCUUUUUUUUUUUUUUUUGCUUUGCCAGUGCUUCUCACGAUCUCCAGUGGCUUUGCUGCUUCCCCUUCGCCUCUAAAAGU